GUAAAGUUAGCGGGGUUUAAUUAGGGCCAGUUAAAAUUCGUGUCAUUUUUACCUUUUUUAACAUUUUCUUGCGUUUGGACCUAACUAAAAGACCGCUUCUUCCUGCAUAAGUCAAGUGAACAACUGACUGCUGUAUUUGUAGCUAUGACAUGGGUCUAAAUGGCUUCGGCUGGGAAGCCUGAAAUCUCCAGUCCAUUCUUCCCGCGGAGAAACUCUUUGAUUAAAACCAGUGCUGAGAUUGUGAGUGAAGUCCGGCAGUCCCUCAGAGUCCAGUCCACCCAGCGCCCCUUCACUCCCAGAGAUGCUCACAGACAACUGUUUGGGACGAGUUCAGUGCGGGCCAGUGCAGACAACAGGCCCCCUUCUGCCUUUAGUCUUCAUGCACAAAAUUUUGACUCACCUGACUCCAGGCCAGGUUCAGGGACUCGUCUCUCUCCACUUCACCACAAGCCCACGUUUCCAAUUCCGGGAGCGAAUGGAGAUCCAGUCCACAUCUUGCCCAAGCCCCCUGCUGAUCCUCUGGAGGUGAGAAGGCCUCUGAUAGGACCUCGGGCUCGACUGCGGCGUGCUGGCUCUCUCCCUAUCAUGCCUCCUGCUGAGACAGAUGGAAGUGAAAGGCUAAACCAAAGACCAGAACAAAGGCAGUCGUCUGCAAAACAGCGUCUCGUCCCUGACCACGUUGCGGUCCACAGUGGUCCCCUCAGACCUGUCCCAAAUACAACACAAAAUGAAAGUAAAAUAUCUUCACAAGGUGUUGACUUGGAGGUCAAGGCCAACGUGGGUGCAAAAUGUAAAGCAGAUGUGAAGAACAAUGACAGCAGACUGUGCACUGAGCAGGAUUCACAGUCACUGGUCUGGAAUAAUAGGAUUGCUCCUCUUCUGGAACAGCUAGAGGCCAUAGUCGCAGGAGGUCAGAUGGGCUCAGAGGUGGGAGAUGAUGGCCUGUGUAAUCUGUGUGAGCGGCUUUAUGAUGCCAUGGCGACAGCAGACAUUUUGGGGCGUCGCUGUAAAGGCCGCUCUAAGAUACUACGCACACUUUUCCGCCUCAUUGACCUCAACUCAGCCCAGUUAAACCUGCACAUCGCCAAGAUUUGCAUUCAACUGUGUGUUAGUGGGAACAACCUCCUGAACAUCUGUAAGCUUGUGUUUAAGCUGAGCCGCAGUGAAAGCAACGACGACCUCUUCCAGGACAGCCCCGUCUUGGAUUCACUGUUGGACAUUCUGAGCACAGAGGAUGUGUCUUCCAGUGGAGAGGUGCUUCUGUACUGUGUGGGAACUCUAAAGUUUCUGUCUGGAAACACAACCAUCCUCAAGCGACUGCUGGACAAAAACUGUGUCGGAGUGUUUCACAAACUCAUUCAAAGGCUCCAGCCCAUAGAAGAAACAAAUAUGACCAUAGCAGGACACAUACUUGUACAGUUAACAGCGACCCUGAGAAACCUGGCCGAUCACCCCGAGUCUCGCCCACUCUUCGUCUCGUUUGGUCUGCUGUCUGACCUCUGCCUGCUGCUACAGCAACACCACAAAGACCAGGACAUCUGCACCAAUAUCUCUAGAAUAUUCAGUAAACUGUCCUCAUACUCCGAGUGCCGCCUCACUCUCUCCCAGACCCCCGGCUGUUACCAACUAUUUUUGGAAGUGCUGAGCCAACACCAUCAAAAGCAGGACCUGGUUGUUCGCCUGCUGUUCACAUUGGGAAACAUCACGGCCAAAAGUGACGAGGCUCGACUGCAGCUGUUUGAAUGUGAUGGCAGCGUGGACGUCCUUCUUCAGAUCUACCACAGAUACCAGCGAAGAGACAACGACAAAGGACACCCCCAACAACACACAGGGACCAAACUACCGGGGGGUCCUCACCAGUGUGAUGAUGUGCUGGUGAAGUUAGUGCGGGUGAUGGCUAAUAUGUGCAUCCACCGCAGUGUAGGCCCAGCUCUGGCCAACAACGCCACAUUCAUUCAACUGCUGAUAGAAACUCUAGAGCUGAGGUGUGUCCAGGAGAGCGAAGAGCUAACAGUGAACUCUGCUGCUACAAUCAACAACCUGUCUUUCUACCAACAGCCAAAUUCAGCACUCAGAAACUGUCACCUCACCAUCGCCAAGUUGAUGAUGAAGUUGUUACUCAGUUCCAGUAUGGACGCAGUGCUAGAAGCCACGCGUGUCUUUGGGAAUUUGACACAGUCCAGUGAAGUGAGAGACUACAUUAUGCAAAGUAAAGCUCACCAAUUCAUUGUGACUCUGCUGGACUCCAAAAGCCCAGACGUGUGUUUCUCUGCCUGCGGGGUGCUCACAAACCUGUCCUCGGACAUCCCAAACAGGGACAGUCUGGCUCUGGAGGGGAUCGCAGCCAAGCUAAUGGACUGCCUCCAAGACUUGGGACAGGGCGACUGGCAGCUUGCGGGACAGCUCUGCCAGGCCUUAUGGAACUUGGCAGGGGGCUGUCCCGAAUCUUUCCUGGAUCAAGAGCAGAGCAAGGCCCUCCUGGACAUCCUGACUGCAUACCUAGACAAAGAUGAGGCCCUGAAAUGGAUUGAAAAUGAAGAUUUAAAGGACUACCACAGAGCAUGCUGGGAGUUGGAGUUCUUCCCUGUGGCUCAAAAACUGAUGAAAGUUCUACAACCCUUGACAUUGAAUAGUUGAACUGAACAUAAGAUUUACUAGUGUUGUUGCCAUAAUUAGGCAAACUUGUUUUUUGUAUUGCUAUAACAAUUGAAUUCACAUUUUUAUUUUUGUUUAGAAUUUCUGAAAAUGUGUGUUUUUACUUUUUAUUUAUUUGAAAUGUUUGUUACAGAGUUUUACUUUUUAAUUUUUACUGCACUUUAUCUGGAGUAUACAGGGAAUUAAUAGUGUUUAAAACCAGUUUGAACAAUAAAAGAAAUACUUACCUCUUGAAUUUUACACUAAGAUAGAAAUAGAACAUCACUGGCUGCAGUUACAUGCAAACAAAAUCUUAUUGUAAUCUGAUUUCUGGACCUUUAAGAUUAUUUAAAUUAUAUCCAAUCUACAAAAUCUGAUGUAAGUAAUCACAGGGACCAUGAUCAGAAAGAAAUCUGAUUAUUUAGCUUUUUUCAUGUCAUUUUAAUAAUCUUAUUUCUCCAAACAUCAGAUAAUAGUCUGAGUUUUGAUCUGCAGCCAGUUGGAUCUGUAAAAGCCUUUUAGCACCAUGUUAUGAAAUCUUGUUGGGAAUAAAGUCCAAAAAACAAUAUGCUUCUCCAAGCCUUUAUUGUUACACAGAUAUGGGGCCAGGCAGUGCGUUUACAAGGUACACCAAGUAGCCUAAAGUACAGCAUUUCAAAAAUCACAUUGUUAUUACACUGAAACAAA